UUAUUUUAGCCAUCAGUAAGCUGUACGAGAGGUGUCCUGACAGUGGCGCCAUCAACACGGUGUAUACAUCAAGAGGUGAACAACAUUUCCUAGGUCCACCACGUGAACCGCCUGCUUAACGAAUUAAUACUGCCUGUGGUCUGUUGUCGUUAACAUAAGGUUAUGUUUGCCAAGGUGCAGAAGAGUGCUGGACACACCAGAUCAUAAUGAGUUAUCAAGAAUUGCCUGGCAAAGGUACACUUCAGUGAGCAACAUUAGGCUACUGUACUUCACCUCUUUUGCAACUUGAUGUCACCGUUGACCACGGGUGUCAACCCCAUUAAAAUAUCACCUCACAUCACAAAGUUGUUCAAAGUUGUUUCCUGACACUGUACAGCUUAGCGAUCAUCAUUAGGAAGCUGUAGAACAUUUGCAGAUAACCACCGAGGGGGAGUUAACUCUGGUGGACGUAGGCAGAGCAGGAGAAGGAAGGGUAAAGGCAGAUAUGUGUUGAACUUCCCUUUAUCUGUUGAACUUCCCUCUGAUGAUUGAACUUCCCUGUACAGUUGCUUGCGCUGUGGGAACCAGAGUGGUUGUGGUGUGCUUUGCUGUUGACAAUGGAGUGGAGCAAUGAAAUGACCGUAAAGGUCAUUGAGGAAUAUGAAAGGAAUCCAACUCUGUGGGAUAUGUCUAGCCCAGAUCACAAGGAUCGUGAGAAGAAGAGCAGUGCAUGGAAGAAGCUGGCCGAGUGCAUGGGGGCUGAGGUUUCGGAAGUCCAACGAAAGAUACACAAUCUUCGGAACCAGUGGACUGCAGAACACCGGAAGUUGAAUGCCCAAAGAUCUGAUUCUGGGAUGGCCGGACCCAAGACAAAGUGGCCUUACUACGAUGUACUAUCAUUCAUUCGAUUGUCACUCGAAGCAAGACGAAGGAAAUCAAAUUUGGCUCAGGCCGCCCUUCUUCACUUGAGGUCCAAAAAGACAGAGUGGUUCAAGGGAAGAAGAUUGUUACAAGGAAGAGGAAGUAUUAGAGAUCAAGCUAAAGAAUCAGGAAGCAGUACAGAAGAACUAGCUGGGACCUCUGGUGGUAGAGGAGUUAAGAAGACCUCCCAACUGGAAGAUGAAUCUCCUGUAGACCAAAAAGUAAUUGAAAAUGUUGUAGAAGGAAGCAGCAAUUGGUAG